AUGAGCGAUCCUUCACAACAACAACAACAACCAUCGUCAUCGUCAUCGAAUGCGGUCUUUCGUACGGCACGAUUGAUCAUUCGGAAGAAAUCCUCUUCCUCCUUGAAUACUUCUACUACAGAUGCAACUAGUAAUAGUACUGAUCCGAGUAGUAGUAGUAGCAUCACUAGGACCACAUCAUCACCACCAUUCCAACCACCACUUUCUCAGAGUGCUGCACCGAUCAUCCGUCAUGAUGAUGAUGAACAACAAGAAGAAGAAUACCGCGAGAGUUGUGAAGAAGAAUUCCAACCAGAGUCUCCUAUAACUACUACUACUAUUCCUAAAACAAUCACUUCUCCUAAAACCAUUCAACAAUUAUCAAAAUCUUCCAUUCAUAAAUUAUGUAGUGAACAAGUCAUCAUUUCACUCACAAGUGUAGUGAAAGAACUCAUUGAAAAUGCACUUGAUGCUAAAUCAACAUUUAUUGAAAUUAAAUUUGUAAAUAUGGGAUUGGAGAGUAUUGAAGUCAUUGAUAAUGGAAUUGGAAUUUCAAAAAAUAAUUUUAAUCAUCUUGUGAAGAAACAUCAUACCUCUAAAAUAACAUCCUUUCAUGAUUUGAAUGGAGUUGAAACGUUUGGAUUUAGAGGUGAAGCUCUCUCAAGUAUUUGUUGUAUGAGUAAAUUGAGUAUUUGUACUCGACCCAUUCUUGAUGACACCACCAAGGAUGAUGAUUUUAAUGAUAUUACUCCGAUGACAAGUACCACUAAUUCAAAGUUAAAAUCAUUAUUGAAUCAUCCUUCUCACUCUACUUGUCACUCUACUUCUUCCUCUAUGAAAUCAUUAUUGAAUCAUCAUCCUUCUCCUCACUCUAUGAAAUCAUCCUUUUCUGACUCUUUCGCUUAUUUAUUACAAUUUGAUCAUUCUCAAAAUUUAAUUCGACAAGAUCGAGUCUAUAGAUCUCAAUAUGGUACUACAGUGAAAGUGAGUGAAUUAUUUAAAAACUUUCCAGUGAGAUUUAAAGAACUUGAAAGAAAUAUUAAGAGAGAAUUCUCUAAAUGUAUGAAUAUGAUUCAAAGUUAUGCAUUGGCAAGUGAAGGAAUUACUUUUCAUUGUGUGAAUAUGACAGCAGUAGCAACAACCAAUACCACCAAUAAUACCACCAAUUCCAUCACUACCACCACAACCAAUACCAACAAUUUCACCACCACCACUACAAAUACUACCAACAAGAACAACACACUCUCAUCAGAGAUUGGAUCAUUCAUGUAUUCUCAAUCAACACCAUCAACAACACGAGAACCAUCAACAACACCAUCAUUCAACCUCUCACAACAACCUCAACAACCACCUCAACAACAACAUUAUUCACAACAACCUCAACAAGAAUCUAUUCUUCAUUCCAUCUCGAUUACUUCUUCUCAAAAACUUCUCAUCACUCAUGGUAAAUCAAUGAAAGAUAAUAUUGUGAAUAUAUUUUCAUUGAAAGAAUUUAGAAAAUUAGUGGAAUUUCAUGUGGAACAAGUAGAACCACAUGCUAUUCAAGUGAAUGGAUAUAUUUCAAGACAAGAUGCAUCAUGUGGAAGAAGUUCAUCCGAUCGACAAUUUUUAUAUAUUAACAAACGUCCUGUGGAUUUACCAAAACUCUCUCGUUGUAUUAAUGACAUUUACAAACAAUUCAGUAGUAGAAAUCAAUAUCCAAUUUAUAUUCUAAAUAUUCAAAUUGAUCCAUCCACAUGUGAUAUUAAUGUCACACCUGAUAAGAGAAAAAUUUAUUUACUUUCUGAACCUUAUAUGAUUCAAUUAAUGAAAUAUGAACUUGAGAAAUUAUAUUCACAAACCAAUGAAAUGAAAAUAUCCAUUUCAGAUUCUUCACAAUUAUCAUCACCAUUGAGUAGUAGUAGUACGAGUACUAGUUCAACAAGUCAACAACAAUUACAUCAUUCAACAAGUGUCUCUAAUCAUUUAUUACAAAACAAACAAAAUGACAGGAAAUUGUCUCCAAUUCUCAAUCAUGAUCCAAAUGAUUCCAUAUUUGUACCCAUGACACAAAUGGAACAAGAGGAAUUUGUCAAUUCUACUACUACUACUAGUACAAGUAAUACUACUAGUACUAUGACUCGAUCCAUCUCACCCUUUCAAGAUGAUACUACUCGAAAUGAAAAGAAGAACUCUUUGAUAGAAUCAUCAUCCUUAUUCAAUCAAUCAUCUCAAUCUACUACUUCACCAAAUCAUCCAAAAAUACUUGAAAAGAAAAGUCUCUAUGAAUUACUCAAAGAUCAUGAAUAUGAAAAUGAGAAUAUUUAUGAGAAUAUUAAUGUGAAUGAAAAUAUGGAUGAUGAAGAUGAUGAAGUGAAUAUGGAUGAAUUGAAUGCAUCUUCUGAUCAGAAAUCAUCCUCUUCCAAUUAUUACAGCAAUAACAAACGAGUAGUAUCAUCCUUCAUUUCCUCCACCACUUCUGUCAACAGCAAGAAGAGAAUUUUGAAUAUUCACAACAACAAUUACAACAACAACACUAAGGAUUCAAAGAAAUUGAAACAACAACAAUUAUCAAGUGAUGGGAAUAGUACUACAAGAACAACAACAACACGUCAAAGACAACACUCACCAGCUGUUGUGAAAAGAAUCAUUUUUGGAGAAGUGUCUAAUGAUCAAAUGGAGAAUGAUGAUGAUGGGAAUGAGACGAUGACAAUGAUGACUAUUUCUAAAACUCCUCCAUCUAUAGUGAACUCUAAAUCUCAUUCACAACAAGAAAAUACCAUUAUUGAUCCACAAUUCAACAUUUCCAUUGUGGAAUUAUUUUCAAACAUUCAUUGGAAUGAACAUUCAAUUAUUGAACAAUAUCAACGAGUGAGGAAAAGAAAUCGGAAACACUCAACUCAUACUACCAUCACCACUCUGACCACCACCACCACCACCAACAUUACCACUAGUAAUAACACCAACAUUACCACUAGUAAUAACAACACUACUAGUAGUAGUCACACUUCUCGACCCAGCAACAACAACCAAAACAAUCAAAACAACAACACUCAUCCUCUCGACCCAACAAGUAUCAUUUCAAAAAAGAAAAUGAAAUUCAUUCCAACAACAACUCGAACUACUUCUAAUCAAUUAACAAAACUCAUCAAAAAAGAUGAUUUCUCUAAAAUGAAUAUUAUUGGACAAUUCAAUAAGAGUUUUAUUAUUGCAUUACUUGACAAUGAAUUAAUCAUAUUGGAUCAACAUGCAUGUGAUGAGAAAUUUAAUUAUGAAAAACUCAAAUCUUCUCUCAAGAUAUUCACACAACCUUUAAUUGUACCUCAGAAAUUAGAUUUAACAUUAUCACAACAAUUCAUUGUGAGAGAUCAUUUAAAAUUAUUUGAAAAGAAUGGAUUUAAAAUUGAAGAAAGAGAAGACAAUCAUGGUGGUAGUGGCAAUAAUAAUGACAAUCAUGGUGGUAGUGGUAAUAAUAAUAAUAAUGGUAAUAAUAAUAAUAAUGGUAAUAAUAAUAAUAAUGGCAAUAAUAGUAGUACUACUACUCAUACCACCACCACCACCACCACCUUUUAUUUAACCUCUCUUCCUCAUUGUAAGAAUAUUACCUUUACAUAUCAAGAUUUUGAAGAAUUCAUUUCAAUACUUUCAGAGAAUAUUUCCAUGCCAUCAAGUAUUAAGGAAGAAUUGAAACCAUCAAAAGUGAAUCGAAUAUUGGCAUCAAAGGCAUGUCGAUCUUCAGUCAUGUUUGGACAAGUAUUAAAUCGAAUGGAAAUGGAGAAGAUAGUGAGACAGUUGGAUGAAUUAGAACAACCAUGGAAUUGUCCACAUGGAAGAUCUACUCUUAGAAUAUGGACCAACCUGAGUCCAUUCUUAAGAAAGGAUGAAGAAGGUCAUGAUGAUGUCUCUGAAUAUGAAAUCAAUGACAAGAAUUGA